GAGCAGCCGCGGCCCCGGGAUGUUCAAGAACACGUUCCAGAGCGGCUUCCUGUCCAUCCUCUACAGCAUCGGGAGCAAACCGCUGCAGAUCUGGGACAAAAAGGUGCGGAACGGCCACAUCAAGAGAAUCACCGACAACGACAUCCAGUCGCUGGUGCUGGAGAUCGAGGGGACCAACGUCAGCACCACCUACAUCACGUGUCCCGCUGACCCGAAGAAGACGCUGGGGAUCAAGCUGCCCUUCUUGGUGAUGAUCAUCAAGAACCUGAAGAAGUACUUCACCUUCGAAGUGCAGGUGCUGGAUGAUAAAAACGUGCGCCGGCGGUUCCGUGCCAGUAACUACCAAAGCACCACCCGGGUGAAGCCUUUCAUCUGCACCAUGCCCAUGCGCCUGGAUGACGGCUGGAACCAGAUCCAGUUCAACCUGUCAGACUUCACUCGCCGGGCCUAUGGCACCAACUACAUUGAGACCCUGAGAGUCCAGAUCCAUGCAAACUGUCGCAUCCGCAGAAUUUACUUCUCUGACAGACUCUACUCUGAGGAUGAGCUUCCUGCUGAGUUCAAACUUUACAUUCCUGUCCAGAACAAGGCAAAGCAAUGAUGGCAUGAUGGGAAGCCCCCUGGCAGACACACUGUGAAGAUGCUGAUGGAAGAGUAUUUUUUUUUAAUUAGAAACAAAUGUAGGUGUGGAUUUCCUAGAGUAACUAUAUUUAAUAACAGUUGGUAUCUGUAAUGCUGGGACCAGACAAAACAAAGCAUAUCAUUGUUCCGUGUGAGAGAUGGUUUGGGCUCAACUUUGUAGUUGUGGGUCCCUCCUAGGGAAACCAUGAAUCGUGGAACUGAUUUGGCCAGCAAGUGGGCGGCUUUGUCGAAGCAGUUCUGAGACCCUUGCACCCUCGCAGAUGCCAGUGGUUUUUUUCUUUGCUCUGUCUCUGUGUAUGCCCUAAAUAUGUGUGAUCUACUCUUCUCCUGGAAGCUGCUAUUAAAUAUUUGAUUUUCUUUGUAA